AUUUCCAAAGUAGAAAUGGAUUUGGCAGCAAUUGAGAUAGCAUGGCAAUUGACAAAAGAAUGGGAUGAUAUCUGGACACACUAUGAGACAUCAAAUUUUUGGACACUUGAAAUCGAUGAAAUAGAGACUGUCGCCAACAAUUUAUUUCGCAAAUUCACGAAACUCUCCCGAGAAUUCAAGGAGAGAGGCUGGAAAAUUGCCGAGCAGACGCGAUUACGAGUCGACAGAUUCCGAAGGACUCUUCCAUUAAUGAGUGACCUGAAAAAUUCAGCAAUGCGUGAUCGUCAUUGGGAAAAAGUUAAAUCGAUCAUUGAUCAUGAUUUUGAACAAGAUUCAGAGGAUUUUACGCUUCAUGCCAUAUUGGAAAUGCAAAUGUAUGACUUUGCUGAGGAGAUUAAUGAUAUUUCGAAUGCUGCAUCUAUGGAACUGAUGAUAGAAAUGGGCUUGAAAAACAUCUGUACUGUCUGGGAAGACCGACUCCUGGAUAUGGCGCCGUACAAAAAUCGAGGGAUUUUUAUCCUUCGAUCGGUUGACGAAGUCGUCCAGACUGUGGAAGAACAUUUAGUUCAGCUGUCUGCUAUGAAGUCAACGAGCUUUGUUGAACCCUUCGCCAUGGAAGUUGAACAUUGGGAAAAAUCCUUAUCCACAGUUAGUGAAGUAAUUGAGACCGUCCUCCUAGUGCAAAAACAAUUUACCUAUUUGGAUAGUAUUUUCAACUCAGAGGACAUAAGAAAACAGCUACCUAAGGAAACCGAUGACUUUGACAAAUCUACUGCAACAUGGAAAACCAUCACGUCUCGCAUGGCGCAUGCCAGAGGAGUUCUCGAAGCUUGUCUCCAACCAGAAAAUCUCCUCGAAAUGCUGAAAAACUCAAGCCUGAGACUUGAAUCCAUUGAGCAUGCCCUGGAGAGAUAUCUGGAAACAAAAAGGCACGCAUUUCCACGCUUCUACUUCAUCUCCAACGAGGAUUUGUUGGAAAUUCUGGCAAAUUCAAAACACCCUGAUCUCAUUCAGCCCCACAUUAAAAAAUUAUUUGACAACAUAAAGUAUUUGAAAUUAUCGAAGCCAGUAACAGGGAGAUACCUAGCAGAGGGAAUGCUGUCUACCGAGAGUGAAUACGUUGAAUUCCUCGAGCCAGUAAUAUUGGAAGGACAGGUGGAGUGUUGGCUUUGUCAAGUGGAAACGAGAAUGCGAGACUGCCUCAGGCAUGUUCUACGACACUGUCGUGUAGCGCUUCGGAAAAUCUUGGGUAAACGAGACAAGUGGGUGAAGGAGUGGCCGAGUCAGCCAGGAAUAACGUCCACUCAGAUACAGUGGACGAGUGACUGUACCAAAGCACUUCUACGUACCAAACUCAUGGACUCGAAGAAGCCGCUGAAAAAAUUGAAAGCUAAGCAAAAUCAGGCACUGGCCUUGUACUCCGAUGCCCUUCGACGUGAUCUUGAUCGUCUUCAGCGGAUAAAAUACAAAGCGAUUGUGGUCAUCGAAAUUCAUGCGCGUGAUGUGAUAGAGACGAUGUACAAGAACGAUUGUAAAGAUGUGUCAGCAUUUGAGUGGUUAUCUCAGUUACGAUUCUACUGGGAUAGGGAUAUUGACGACUGUGUGGUCAGACAGACCAACACUCACUUCAGAUACGGCUACGAAUACCUUGGCAAUACCGAGCGUUUAGUAAUCACCCCGUUGACUGAUCGGUGCUACAUCACAUUAACAACUGCUCUUCAUCUUUAUCGCGGUGGAAGUCCAAAAGGUCCAGCUGGUACUGGAAAAACAGAGACUGUAAAAGAUCUUGGUAAAGCACUAGGGUUCAAUGUGAUUGUUCAAAAUUGCUCAGAGGGCCUAGACUACAAAAGCAUGGGAAGACUAUUCUCUGGUUUAGCACAGACCGGUGCUUGGGGCUGCUUCGACGAGUUCAACAGAAUAAAUGUUGAGGUGUUAUCAGUCGUUGCACAACAGAUUCUCUCAAUUUUAUCAGCUCUAUCGCAAAAGUUGACUGAAUUUAUAUUUGAAGGCUUCAAUAUCGGGCUCAAGUCAACUUGUGGAAUAUUCAUUACAAUGAAUCCUGGGUAUGCAGGUCGAACAGAGCUCCCGGAUAAUUUGAAAUCAAUGUUUCGACCGAUAUCCAUGAUGCGACCGGAUAGCAGUAUGAUUGCGGAAAUUAAUUUGUUUGGUGAGGGAUUUCGAAACACGAGAGUACUGGCCAAGAAGAUAUUCACGUUAUACACCCUGGCACAACAGCAACUCAGUCAGCAACACCACUACGAUUUCGGUCUUCGUGGAAUAGUGACUUUGACACGUUAUGCAGGUAAAAAGCGACGUCAGCACGCCAAUUUACUGGACGAAGAGGUUAUCAUCCUCGCCAUGAAGGAUAUGAAUGCAGCCAAGUUGACGGCAGAUGACGUACCCUUAUUUAACGGCAUCACGUCGGACCUUUUUCCUAACACAACAGUACCGACAAUAGACUACAGCCAUAUGUUGGAAUAUAUCACUAAAGAAGCAGUCGCUUCCAACUUGCAGCCAAUUCCAAAUCUACUGACGAAAGUGAUUGAGUUGUAUGAAACACAGAAUUCGAGGCACUCGACAAUGAUUGUUGGUGAAUCAAAUACCGGUAAAUCGGUAACAUGGAAAACUUUGCGGAAUACGAUGACAGCGAUGAAGAAAGAUGGGAGGGCUGGUUUCAAAGCAGUUGACGUAUAUCCGAUCAACCCCAAAGCACUGAAUCUGGGGGAAUUGUACGGUGAAUAUAAUCUCAAAACUGGUGAAUGGUUCGACGGAGUCAUAUCCGCUAUUAUGAGAAAAACUUGUUCUGAUGAAAGCCCAGAUGAAAAGUGGAUACUCUUUGACGGUCCAAUUGAUGCUGUUUGGAUCGAGAACAUGAAUAGCGUUAUGGAUGACAAUAAAAUACUGACAUUGAUCAACAACGAACGCAUAACGAUGCCACAUCAAGUUUCACUUUUAUUUGAGGUUCAAAAUUUAGCAGUAGCUUCACCUGCAACUGUAUCUCGCGCAGGAAUGGUUUACAAUGAUUACAAGGACUUAGGAUGGCAGCCACUUGUCAAUUCGUGGCUACAAACUUAUAAAAAUACACCAGAGUUUGUUGAAGAAAUGGAAAAAUUAUUUCACCGCUUUGUGGACGACAUUCUCACGUUUAAACGGAAUAAAUGCACGGAAACUAUUGCUGUUAGCGAGCUCAAUUCAGUUGAAAGUCUCUGCAAGCUUCUGAAAAUCCUAGCAACUCCCGAAAAUGGAGUAGAGUUCACAUCGAACAGGGAUGAGUUCAACCUCAUGUGCAAAAUAUGGUUUCUCUUUUGCGCGAUCUGGUCACUCUGUGGAUCCGUUGACGAAGUGGGAAGACAGAGAAUGGAUAACUACAUAAGGGAAAUGGAAGGAGCUUUUCCCCUCAAGGAUACUGUAUACGAGUAUUAUGUCGACGUCAGACAACGUGGUUUCGUCUCGUGGGAAGAAAAAUUGCCCCUUGCAUGGCGCUAUCAAUCCGGACUGCCUUUUUUCAAGAUUACUGUUCCAACAGUGGAUACUGUCAGAUAUGAAUAUCUAGUGAAAAAUCUAUUGGAAAAAGAUUACCCGGUUCUUCUCAUUGGUGCUGUUGGUGCUGGAAAAACAUCGAUAGCACAAACUGUACUGGAGUCAUUUGAAAAAACUAAGUACACCUGUCUUACCAUCAAUAUGUCUAGUCAAACAUCUUCAAAUCAUGUUCAAGAGACAAUCGAGAGUAGAUUGGAGAAACGUACGAGACAAAUUUAUAUUCCAACAGCUGGAAAAACAAUGAUAACAUUUAUGGAUGAUUUCAAUAUGCCAAUGAAGGAUACGUAUGGGUCACAAGCUCCGUUAGAACUUGUUCGACAAUUCAUCGAUUAUCAAUUUUGGUACGAUCGGCAAAAGCAAACUCGAAAGUACAUCCAGAAGACACAAUUGAUGGCCGCAAUGGGUCCUCCCGGUGGUGGUCGUAACACAAUUACAGACCGCCUUCUCACGAAAUUCAACGUCAUCAACGUCACAUUCCCGAUAGAAAAACAGAUUCUGAGGAUUUACGGAACUCUGCUGAAUCAACAGCUGUUUGACUUUCAUCCUGAGGUGAAAGGAAUUGCAAAUGAAAUCACAUUAUCGACGCUGGAAAUAUACAAGAACGUCAGCCGCACUAUGCUACCCACCCCCAUGAAAAUUCACUACUUAUUCAAUCUUCGAGAUAUCUCCAAAGUAUUUCAAGGACUUCUUCGAAGCCAUAAAGAUUACCAGUAUUCUCGCACGACAUUUCUUCGCCUAUGGGUGCACGAGAUUUUCCGAGUCUUCAGUGACCGAUUUAUCGAUGAAAGAGACCGCGACUGGUUCAUCGCACAAAUGAAUGAACAAUUGGGAAAGUACUUUGAGCUCACCUUCCACAAUCUCUGCCCGGAAAAACGCUGUCCCAUAUUCGGUGACUUCAUGAACCCCUGGAAUGUAUACGAAGAUCUUUCUGACAUUGCCGCUCUGCGUCGUUUCAUUGGAAUGCAAAUUGACGAAUAUAAUACGUUAACUGGUGUUGUGAGGCUGGAUCUGAUUCUCUUCAUCGAUGCGAUUGAGCACAUUUGUCGUGUUAUUCGGGUGAUUUCGCAGCCCAAUGGAAACAUGCUGCUGGUAGGAAUUGGUGGAAGUGGAAGGCAAUCAUUGUCAAGACUAGCCAGUCACAUUUGUGAGUUAAGUUCAUUUAAUAUCGAGGUGACCAGACGUUACGGUGUACCAGAGUUUCGUGAGGACUUGAAGCGUCUCUACUCCAUUGUUGGUGUCGAUAAUACACCAACAUGUUUUCUCUUCAAUGAUACACAAGUAACAGUUGAACAUUUUCUCGAAAUAAUCAACAACAUGCUUGGAACAGGAGAAGUUGUCAACUUAUACAAAUCCGACGAAAUGGAAGAUAUUAGAAACCGCUUGACGAAAGAGGCGAAUAAAGCUGGAAUUUCACCAAACCUUGAAUCUAUUUACCACUUUCUGAUUAAUCGUGUACGAGUUAAUCUUCGCAUGAUACUCUGCAUGAGUCCUGUUGGUGAUAAUUUCCGUAAUCGCUUGAGGCAGUAUCCCUCUCUCAUAAAUUGCAUGACGAUAGAUUGGUUCCUUCCUUGGCCAAAGGAUGCUCUAUUAGAGAUAGGCAACAAGUUUCUUAUGAAUCUCAGUUUGAUUAGUAACAUCGCGGGCGAAGACAAAGUGGAGCCAAGAAGGUCGGAAACUGCAAUUCCCAUUCUACCUCUUCAAGAACGAAUGCGGUAUGCCAUCUCCUCGACGUUUGCACUCAUUCAUGACUCAGUCGUUCAAUAUUCCGUAAAAAUGUUGACUGAGAUGAAACGGCAUAACUACGUGACACCUUCGAAUUUUCUGGAGCUCGUUGUUAGAUACAAAAAGAUGUUAAUGUCUAAAAGACAAAGACUUGGUGAACAAUCCGACAAACUUAGUGGAGGUCUCUUCAAGAUUGACGAUACAAGGGAGAAGGUGAACGAGAUGGCAAAGGAGUUGGAAGUGAUGCAGGAGCAAGUUCUCAAGUCAACAAAAGACUGUGAAGAAUUUCUAGUGACAAUUGUUAAUCAAAAACGAGACGCUGACGAGGCCCAGAAGAGCAUCACAACCAGAUCUUUGAAAAUAACAGAGGAAUCCAAAGUGUGUAAGAAACUUGAGGGAAUAGCGAGGGCUGAUCUUGCUGAUGUUGAGCCAGCACUCGAUGAAGCAAUGAAAGCACUCGAUACACUUAAUAAAAAGGAUCUUGCUGAAAUUAAAUCAUUUGCUCGUCCACCGCCGAAAGUUGAGAUUGUCCUGGAGGCUGUUAUGAUACUGAAAAAUUCCGAACCAACGUGGAGCGAAUCGAAGAAACAAUUGGGUGAUGUUAACUUCUUAACGAGUCUUCGAAACUUCGACAAGGAUCACAUAUCCGAUAAAACCUUGAAAACAAUUGGAAAAUACACGUCCAAUCCAGAGUUUGACCCGGAGAAAGUCGGUCAGGUGUCAAUUGCAGCGAAAUCGUUGGCCAUGUGGGUAAUCGCUAUGGAGAAUUAUGGCAAACUCUACAGAAUUAUAGCACCAAAAAGAGAGAAGCUGGCAUCAGCACUGGAAUCUCUGCAUGAAAAGGAGAGGAUACUCUCGGAUGCUAUAUGCCAAUUGGAGAAGUUGCAGGGUGAAUUGAAGAGACUCCAGAAAAAUUACGACGAAAAAAUGAAGGAGAAGAAGGACCUAAUUAGACUGGCUGAGGAUCUUGAAUUGAAAUUGAAACGAGCUGCAAUGCUGGUUGAUGGCUUAUCCGGGGAACGCCUCCGUUGGCAGAAAACCCUUGAAAUUCUCGCUGAGCUUUAUGAACGAUUACCUGGUGAUUGUCUUAUAUCGAGCGGUUGUGUGUCCUAUUUGGGCCCGUUUAUAUCAAUUUAUCGGGAUGAAUUGGUUCAGCUUUGGAUGAACGAGGUCAUGACAAUGGAAAUCCCGUUGUCAGUCAACUUAGACAUCACCGAAUUCAUGAGUGACUCGACCACAAUUCGAGAAUGGAACAUACAGGGUUUACCAUCGGAUAAUUUCAGUACAGAAAAUGGUAUUAUUAUAACACAUGCAAUACGCUGGCCCCUUGUCAUCGAUCCCCAGUGUCAAGCUGUCAAGUGGAUCAAAAAUAUGGAGUUGGAGAAUGGCCUCGAAGUUAUAGAUUUCGGCUCUCAUGAUUUUGUGAGAACCCUCGAGCGAUCGCUGCAAUCGGGCAAGCCAGUGCUUUUAGAAAAUGUGGGUGAAACCCUCGAUCCAGUGUUGAAUCCAAUUCUCCACAGAACAUUAGUGAAAUUAGGCGACAGUUUUGUCAUGAAAUUCAAUGAUAAGAUGAUCAGUUACAACGAUAAAUUUCGAUUUUUCAUCACAACAAAACUACCAAACCCGCACUAUUCUCCGGAGAUAUCUACAAAGACUACGUUAUGUAACUUCGCCAUUAAGGAGCAAGGUUUGGAAGCCCAACUCCUUGGCAUCGUAGUUCGAAGGGAGAAACCACAGUUGGAGGAGCAAAAGGAUAACUUGGUCCUUACGAUUGCAAAAGGCAGAAGGACACUCAGAGAGCUUGAAGACAGAAUUCUUCAAUUACUCACUGUGGCAUCGGGCCCUCUCCUUGAGGACCUAGACUUACUCAACACUCUGCAGUCAGCAAAAGUCACUUCCGUUUCUGUCGAAGAGUCGCUGAUUACUUCUGAGAAAACGGAGCAGGAAAUUGACAAAGCGAGAGGGGAAUAUAGAACUUGUUCUCAACGCGCUGCCACUCUAUUUUUCGUGUUGAAUGAUAUGAGUCACGUCGAUCCCAUGUACCAGUUCUCAUUGGACUCGUACAUCGUACUUUUUAAAAUAUCCAUUGACAAAAGUCCGAGGAGCGUUCAACUCAAUGAGAGAAUCGAUAUAUUGAAUGACUACCAUACAUACGCAGUAUACAAAAAUACAUGCCAGGGAUUAUUCGAAAAAGACAAACUUCUCUUCUCGUUCAACAUGUGUUCGAAAAUCCUCGAAGCCCGAGGGGAGAUGAUCCCCCAAGAAUACGAUUUUCUUCUGAAAGGUGGAAUAGCGCUAGAGCGUGAAAAUCAGCCGGACAAACCUGUCGACUGGCUGACACGCGAAACCUGGGACAAUCUCACAGAACUUGAUAAACUUUCUGGCUUUCAUGGAGUUGCUGCGUCUUUCGAACAGUUCCCAAGGGAUUGGCACAAUUGGUACAUAAAUACAGAGCCAGAAAUGAAAUCGCUGCCAGGAGAAUGGGAAGAAAAUCUGAAUGAAUUUCAAAAGAUGCUUAUCAUACGUAGUUGUAGAUUCGAUCGUAUGACAUUCUGCAUCACCUCAUUUAUUAUUCAAAAUCUUGGUCAACGAUAUGUUGAACCACCUGUGCUUGAUAUAAAAGCAGCAUUCAAGGAUUCAAUUGCCCAGACACCACUCAUAUUUGUACUUUCAUCUGGAGUUGAUCCUUCCAAUGCUCUAUCACAAUUGGCUGAGGGUCUGGGUAUGAGUAAUAAAUUUAUGACACUGUCACUGGGACAGGGACAAUCACCAAUAGCGAGGGGAUUGAUUCAAAAAGGGGCUGUCGAAGGCGCCUGGAUAUUUCUCGCAAAUUGUCAUCUCUCUCUCAGUUGGAUGCCCGAAUUGGAUAAAAUUAUUGAGAGACUGGCCAGCAGUAAGACCCUACAUCCUGAUUUCAGACUGUGGUUGAGUUCGAGCCCAUCACCACAAUUUCCCAUAUCGAUUCUUCAGGGAAGCGUGAAAAUGACUACGGAACCGCCAAAGGGACUGAAAGCUAACAUGAAACGCCUCUACGGAUUAAUCACAGAGGACCAAUUUAACGUCUGCAAGGCAAUGGGAAAAUACAAGAAACUUCUUUUUACCCUCGUCUUCUUUCACUCAAUAUUACUCGAACGUAGAAAGUUUCAGCAACUAGGCUGGAACAUUAUUUACAGUUUCAACGAUUCCGACUUUGAAGUCUCGGAGAAUUUACUUGAAAUUUAUCUCGACGAGUAUCCAACCACACCCUGGGAAUCACUUAAAUACUUGAUAGCUGGUGUAUGUUAUGGUGGUCACGUCACCGAUGACUGGGAUCGUCGCCUCCUGAUGACCUACGUACAACAAUAUUUCACCGAUGAUAUUCUCUCACAAUCAAACUAUCGUCUGUCAUCGCUGUCCACCUACUACAUACCCAGGGAUGGAUCACUCCAGUCGUACUGUGAUUUCAUAGAAAUCCUCCCGAAUACCGAUCACCCGGAGGCAUUUGGACAGCACAUCAACGCCGACAUCACGUCUUCAAUUAUCGAGACACAAACGAUAUUCAAUACUCUCAUGAGUCUUCAGAUGCAGACACCAACGUCUGACAGCACCAGCAAAGAAGAUACUGUUGUACAAAUGAUCGUUGACAUGAAAGCCAAAUUGCCCCAGGAUAUAAAUUACGAGACAACGGUGAGGCUGAUGGGAAUGAUAAAAACACCUCUGGAUGUUGUUCUCCUUCAAGAAAUUAUACGAUAUAACAAUCUACUUGGUAGAACAAGGUGUAGCUUAAACGAUCUUGAGUGUGGUAUCAAAGGGCUUGUUUUGAUGUCUGAAGAUCUCGAGGAGAUAUUCACUUAUGUUCACGAUGGCCGCGUGCCUCCUGCCUGGUUAACCACCUAUCCAUCGUUGAAACCACUCGGCUCGUGGACGCGUGAUCUUGUCAGCCGAAUUGAACACUUUGCCAAGUGGGCGGAAACCACUCAUCCACCUCUACUGUUUUGGCUUGCGGCCUACACAUUUCCAACUGGUUUUCUAACCGCUGUACUGCAAACAUCAGCUAGACUUUGGAACAUAUCUAUUGAUUCGUUUUCUUGGAGUUUUGCUGUUUUGGAUGAAAAUUCUAUUGCCGAUACUCCUGGGGAUGGUGUCUUUAUUCGAUCGAUCUUUCUCGAGGGUGCAGGAUGGGACAGAAAACGUGGUACACUAGCAGAGCCAACACCCAUGCAAUUAAUCUACGAAAUGCCAGUUAUUCAUUUUUGCCCAACUGAACAACUAAAGAAGAAAUCAAAAGGUCUGUAUAACUGUCCUUGUUAUUAUUAUCCAGUGAGAGGUGGAACCAACAAUCGGUCGGCAUUCGUUGUUACUGUAGAUCUCGAUAGUGGAUAUGAGAGUUCCGAUUUCUGGGUCAAACGUGGAACAGCCCUUUUAUUGAGCCUUGCUACUUGAUUAGUU